AGCCGCAUCGGGAGGGACGUAACGGUUGCUGACGUCUCGGAGCAGCCUAUUAGGUCUCUCCAUUUGAGUUCGUAGCCAAUCAGCUCGGGUUAGGCUGUCCGACAGCUUGACUGUGAGAGUUGGGGGCGACGAGGGAGGAAAUGCGAGGAAACCGUUGAAUGUUUUCACUCUGCCAAGCUGCAGGUUAAAACCAAAGCAGCAAUCUGCAUUGCAAAUCUAUAAUCCCGUCUAAUGGAGGAUCCCGCCAGAGCUCCCUCUGAUCACACCAUGGUGAAUCCAGUGUGAAGAUCUAAGGAGGAAAUGAUACCAGAACCGUCUGCAUCCAGGUCUUCAGAGAAAAAUGCAAACCCUGAGGUUGAGGCCACCUCCUCCGGAGCUGUCAGUCACUCUGAGGACGAGUCUGGGAACGAGAACAGACAGAAGACUGUGAGACGAAGAAAAAGAGCAUGCAGUGUCCCGGGGAAUGUCAAGCGCAAACAAGCCAGAGCCAGCGGCAGCAGUGUCAGAAAGACACGGGGCAAACAUGCCAAGGAGAAGCAGGUGGAGGCCGUCACCCUGUUUGAGGUGAUCACAAUGGGCAGGAGUGCCAUCCAGGCUGUGAUGGACGAUUGGAUUGAAGCGUACGCGACGGACAGAGACUCGUCUCUGCUCGACCUCAUCAGCUUCUUCAUCCAGUGCUGUGGAUGCAAAGGGGUGGUCACAGCAGAGAUGUGCCAGAGCAAAGAGGACAAGGAUGUGAGGAGUAAGAUGGUCGAGGAGCUGGAUGAGGCUGCUGGUUUGCAGUAUAAGAGAUUCCUUGCUUUUCCAUGGAUUCUGACAGUCACGUGGCCCAUGGACGCAGAUAGUGCAGAGUAUCCUCUCGUGCAGUCCGGACCCUCCGCUCGCUGGUUUCACUCAGAGUUCUGUGACUUCGUGUCGGUGCUGGUGGCGCAGUGUCAGCACGGCGUCCUUUUUGACAGCUACCUGAUGAACAGCCUCAUCUCGCUGCUCACAGAGCUGUCGAACUCAUUUGUGAGGGCGUUCAGACACACGUGCACGCUCGCAGCGGUGAAGUUGCUGAGCUCUCUGUUGAGUGUGGCUCUGAGCCUGAGCGUCGGGAUUGAAAACAGUCAGAAGCUGUAUGAUGUGCAGAGGACAAAGACAGUGAGACAGAAAAGCACUCAGCAACUUGAGAGAAUACAGAAGAAGAUCUCGGAGUUGCAGGAAAAGAGGACGGAGGUGGAGAGCAUGACGGACAUCAUCUUCAAAGGAGUUUUUCUUAAAAGAUAUCGGGACAUGCUUCCAGAAAUUCGCUCAGUCUGCAUAGAGGAGUUGGGUUUGUGGAUGAAGCUUUACAGUUCUGCUUUUCUCAAUGACAGUUACCUCAAAUACAUGGGCUGGAUGAUGCAUGAUAAGGUACCGGAUGUGCGUCUGAAGUGUGUGUUAGCCCUGAAGGGUCUCUUCGGUGAUCCUGUCCUCCUCCCUAAACUAGAUCUCUUCAUCAGUCGCUUCAAGAACCGUCUGAUCUCCAUGGUGCUGGAUAAGGACAAUGAGGUGGCAGUACAGACCAUGAAACUUUUGGUGCUAAUCUCCAGCGCUACAGAUGAAGUGCUCACUCCCGAGGACUACAAGCAGCUCCUUCAGUUUGUUUACUGCUCUCAUCGCCCUCUUGCAGCCACUGCAGGGGAGCUGCUGUAUUCAAGGCUUCUCAGUGCUGUACCUCCUACCUCUGAUAAUCAGGACGAACGGAAUGAAGAAGAGGAGCAAAGACAUCAGAUAUUUGUUAGACUUAAAGCUUUACUGCAAUUUCAUCAGGAGUCUGAGCUUCACAACCAUAUUGUUUACCUGGUGGACAGCCUUUGGGACUGGGGUGGAUCUCUGCUGAAAGACUGGCCCGCACUCACAGCUGCACUUCUGCAGAACAGCCCAGGUUUUACUCCAGCAGAACAAGCAGUGAUUGUGGAGAUCCUGAUCGCUUCGGUACGUCAGGCUGCAGAAGGGCCAGCUCUGGUAGGGAGGAGUGGGGCCAAGAAGAUCAUGAGCACCAGAGAAAGGAAAAUACAAGCUGACGACGGCCUAAAGCUCACUGAACAUCUGUUUUCUGUGCUCCCCAAGUUACUCUCCAAGUUUUCAGGUAGUGGUGACCCUGUUGCUUCCCUUAUGCGGAUUCCUCAGUACUUCCACCCAGACAGUCAGGUGGCUAAAAACGCGCAGUUCGUUUCGAGCCUGAUGACAGAGAUGGCAGCUGUUUUGGACCUCCACUCGAGCCCUGCGGUUCUGGAAGCAGCGGCUCGGACAUACCUCAGUCUGUGUGACGGCGGAGCAGCCUGGGCCUCUGCAGCCGGCGCCUCAAGGGACGUUCUGGUCCAGCGCUGGCUGGACCAACUGACAGGGCUGCUGGGGGAAACACUCAGGGGUGGCUGUUUUUCUGCUGAGGAAGAGACGACGACACAAAUUGUAACGACACUGAAGAAACUCUGCGCUUUCCACAACUGUCAUGACCUCGGUCAGUGGAGCGUGUUUGAUCUGCUGUCUCCUCUCCUGACGGAGGACGGCAGCCAGGGAGGAGCACCACCCGAGGUGCUGGAGGAGGUACUUCGGUGCAUGUCAUUCGCCAUGCUGUGGUCCCUCAGUACGAGCAGCGAAACUCUGACUUGCAAAGAGAAGGCUGUGGUCCAGAGGCUCCAGCUGCGUCUCUUUUGCGAGAGGAGCCAUCGGUAUCUCUCCCACUGCGACCACAGCGUGCGGUAUCAGGCUUUUCUGGGGGUGUGCGAUGUACUGAUAGCUCAUUCGUACCAGCUGCAGGUGUGGGAUCCCACCUGCUUCGGCCCACUGCUCUACACGCCCAGUCCCAAGCUGCAGAGGGCGCUGCUCACCUUUGUAUGCACACAAGUGUUUGUCGUCCCAGACUGCGACAACUACAGUAGAGUCAGUGAGAGCUCUGAAGUGGACAGGCUGGAGGAACUUCACAAAAGAAGAAAUCUACUCGCGGUCUACUGCAAGCUGGUCGUACAUGGAGUGCUGGAGAUGAGCGUGGCAGCGGAGCUCUACACAUACUACAUGAAGCAUUACAGCGACUUUGGAGACAUCAUCAAGGAAACAAUUUACAGGACCAGACAAACAGAUAAAAUAGAGAGCGCUCGUACUCUGGUGCUUUGUUUGCAGCAGCUGUUUAUGCAGCUUAAGCGGGAACAAGAGAGCGGUGGCAGAGCUCACUCAGGAGUACAGACUUUCACCUGCAUUAAGGAGCUGGCCAGGCGCUUCGCCCUCACAUUCGGAGACCUUGUCAAGUUUCGCGAGUGUCUCGUCAUGAUCCACAGGAAUGGCGUAGAGUUUGUGUUCCAAGAUUUCAGACAGACUCCAGACAACGCUACACCUCCGUACCUCUCCUACCUGACCAUCCUUAGUGAGUUCUCCAACAAACUGCUCAAACCCGACAAGAAGACAGUGCUCUCCUACCUGCAAAAACAUACUGCUGAGCACAUUAUUGACCUCAGGGAGGAGUGCUGGCAACCGCUUAUCUACUAUCGCGCAUCUUUAUUGGCGGUGGCAGAAACGGAGGACGCCAUAUCGUAUGUAAGCUCAGACAGGAGGCCCUACCUUCACAGUCGCUCUCCCAUCGGCAAACAAAAACUGGAAGGAUGUUUUAGGAAGUUCCCGGGUCAAGUUCGUCCAACUGAACAAAUUAGUAAAGUUAACAAACCAAAUAUCAGCCAAAGUCCUCAGGCGACUGUGGGUGACACGGAUCCGUUCUCUGUCAGCUUCAACAUAGCUUCUAAUGUCCUCAGCAACAACAGCGAAUCAGAUGAUGGCAGUGUGGACGUUGAGCUGUGAGUUCGAGGAAGUUGGAGUGGAUCAUCUCUUCUGUAUCUGCACCCUGUCUACUUGAUUUGGCUGUGCAGACAUCCAGGCUUCCAUGCUUUGUUGAAUUGAAACAAUCAGUCUUUUAAGCUCUAAGGGGGGAAAAUAUGACAAAAACCCCUAAACCAAGUAUAAUUUAAUGUUAAUGUUGUGGUUUGUGUUACAAACUGUAUAUUUUCUCAUAUCCAAAAGCACUUUUGUUUUUUUGCUUCCAGCAGUACUUGAUACCAAAUGUGUAUAAUCUGGUAGUUGAAGCAGUGCCAAACAAACACUAUUUACUUCUAAAUAGAUACGGGAUUCCUACACAGCCACAGGAAGAACAUUUCUUUUAUCACUUUCCAGGUCUGGAGAAGUAUAGAAAAUACCAAAAUGGGAAUGGAAAAACAUUUGGCUUUCCAGACUUUGUUUUCUUUUCGUAACUAAAUGUUUGGGAAAAAAACAUAUCGUAGUCUUAGAUUAGCCAUAUCAUAAACUGAGUUUAACAUUUUAACAAUCAUUAUUUUGUUUUUGGGUUAUUGACUGAGAACCCAAAGCGAAAUGCAAACUCAAGAACAAAAAGGGACUGUUUUUCUGGUGGGUUCCAAAUAACUAGAAGCUAAAUUUUUAAAGUUUUUAUAAACAAAAUAAAGCAUUAAAUAACACAAGCUGCUUUAAAGAACCUGCAUUUAACUCAAUUAUGACAAGUUAAAAUGUUAUAAAUUCUAAACAAAAGCUGAUUUAAAUUAGUAUAGAUGCUAAAAAAGCAGGUAAAUUUCUACUCAAAUGGCCACAUAAUGUUAGCCAGAUUGCCAGAAUAAUCUAGACAUGUGAUUCUGGAAAGGUUAAGGAAAUUUAAAAUGGAGGAUGUGAGGGAACCCUGUGGAAAUCACCAUCAUACUGAAACUAAAGUCAUCGAACGUUUGAAGAAAUAACUGAGACUGAACAUAUUUUUCAUAUGCUUUCAUAGAUUGAACAUUUUCAGGAGAGGUUUAUAAACAUCGGAACAAUCGGAACUGCUAAAUCGCAGAUAAGUCUCUGUGAACUUUUAUCGAUGAAUGAAAAUGAUCAGUUUUUUGAUGUUUUAUUUGCAGACUUGAAAGGUUUGAAGUUUGUAAAUGUGCCUUUUGUAAUGUCAAAUUGACCUAAUCUCAAAUUUCCAAGAGAUAAUUAGCUAAAUGUUUAAAAAUGAAGCCAAAUACCUUUUUAGGAUGAUUUUAAAACCCAGAGAUCAUGCUAUAAAAACAGGGUUUGUGUACAGUAUUGGGUUUAAAGCAUAGGGAUAAAAUACCCUGACCAUUUUACAAAGUAGAAAUUCACGGUAAAGGUUUGCUCUUACAAACCUUUAAAAUCUCAAUAAUUCAAUGAAAUAUUUGGGAACAUAUUUCUGUUAUAGUAUAUAUGUAAUUUUGCAGUAGAAGAUGCUAUGAACCAUGCAGCUGCCACAAACUGAAAGACACCUCAGUUGAUGAGUAAAUCUGUCCAGAGCAUCUUUAGUAUGUAUCAGAAAAGUCGUGAGGGGGGUCUGCAGGGACCAAACAAUGCUGUAGCAUUAAAUCAGAAGCAUUAUUUGUCCUUCAGGCUCAUAAUUUAUGUUUUUGACAUGACAGUUAAUGCAUUUUGCUUUUCUUUACAAAGCACCAACAGCGUACCCCCUGAAAGUUCGUCAAACAUUAGCAGCUUCAUUACUGGGUUUUUCUGAGUGACCCUAAUGCCUCAUAAAGUGUCUUUUUAACAACUAUCAGGGUUUGAUUACACAUACAUGAUGUUAGAUUCAGGACUAUUUUUAUGUGAUUUUAUUUUAUUUUUUACAGUGCUGUACUGUAAAAUGCAGAUGCAAGUUCCUCAAUUACACUAUUUUUUUUUUUUUAUAACUGUGUCGGAUUGGAUUUCAUGCGUUUUUCACGGACUGUCAGAAAUUGUGAUUUAUUGUCCUGAGUUUAUGAUUGUAAUUAAUGUAAAUAAUUUGAAUGAAACAAUGCAUUUUA